CUUUGUUAGGUCGGGGAAACCGGAAGUGUGUCCAAUUUAUGUGACAGUGAGCGGAAGAAUUUAGCGGUCUGUCACAUUGGAAACGAUCCUCUCAUCGAGGACGGUCAUUGUUCGUUUUAGGAGCUUUGUCUAAGCAAAGAAACCGAUGACUCGACGUUGAUCCUCUUCAACAAUGUUUACGGCAAACCUCCUCCCUCGUCUCCGUCUACUUCACAGGGCAACUUUUUUCCAUGGAGACAUUUUAAGUGGAUGUGUGCGGCCGGCGGUUCCUGCGUGCAGCUCCUCACUCAAUAAAAGAACAAGAUACUACUCAACCGCGGCCGACAACAGAUAUCCACCUCGAUGGGUCCAACUGGAGCCUGAGCUUGACGAGGCGCUCGUGCCUCGAAAACUGUCAGUAAGUCCUCUGGAGACCUGGCUCUCGCUGCGCUACACUCUUCCCCCACUGCCGGAGUCUGCUCCGCCGCUGCCGGAGAAGGUGCCGCCACCCGUGAGUGUUCCCGUUCUUGAGGAUGGGGACAAUGCGGCGAUGCCCCUCCGAUGUAAAAAUGUUCUGGAGAUCCGACGACGCAAGAUGAACCGGCACAAAUACAAGAAGCUGCUAAAACGGACUAAAUUCCUGAGGAGGAGAGUGCAGGAGAGCAGGGGCCGGAAGAAGCAAAAACGUUUUGAGGAGGAUCUGAAAAGGAUCUGGAGGCGGGCUGGACUGAAAAAGGCUCCAGAGGGAUGGAGCGCGCCCAAGCUCUUCAUUAAACAACACGGCAACAGACGGGACUGAGUCCUUUGAGAGUGUCACAUCUUUUCACACUGGACAACUAUGCUCACGAUGCUCCCUGUUUAUUUUUAUUCGUAAAAAAAAUAAAUCCUGUGUCAACAUUGAGAA